UCUCCUUCCGAGCAUGGAUCACUAGGGACGCUUGUCAAGAUGCGACGUAUAGCGUUUGCCUCACGGGCAGACAUGAAGAUGGCGGUGGUUGUGGCGGCAGCGGCGAUAGCUGGAGCUUCCCCAUCGCAGACGCCCUUUGAGAUGGUCGCCCCGCAAAUCUCUUCUUCUCAUAGAGUAAAUGUGGCGCUGGGCGUCAUGUCUAGGUGUCCCGAUGCUCUAUUCUUCGAAACGUCGUUCGAUCGCGCCCUCGAGCGAGUCAACGAAAAGGUGUCGCUCGACCUCACCUUCAUCGCCCAUCCGAACUCGUCGGCCUGCUUCGGCGCCACUUGCAUGCAUGGAGAAAAGGAAUGCGAGGGAAAUGUGCAUCAGCUGUGCGUGAUCGACGCUCUCGACCCCUCCAAGGCCGGCGAAAGGUACGACCUCAGCCCGAGCGAGGCACAGAAAUUGUGGUGGAGCUUUGUCCAGUGCGAGAUCUUCAAGGGUGGCCGCGACCAGAUCGGAAACGAAGAUCUGGCCAAAGAGUGCCUCAAUGUAGUGACCGACAAGGUCGACUGGAAAAGAGAUGGGAUUCAAGCGUGCGUAAAGGGCAAGAGGGGCAUCGAGCUUCUCCGAGCGAGCAUCGAGGAGACACAUAGGAGAGGUAUUACCAAAUCGGCAACAUUGCAAAUUGAGGGCAAAACGGUGUGCAUUCGUGACGACGGCAAGUGGAAAGAUUGUGAAGGCGGGCACGAGCCCGGCGACUGGGUCCGGCAGAUUGAUGCUGCCUACGAAGCCAAGAAUCGCCACAAUGUUAUACAGGUCGCGUCAUCAGAGGCUCUAUACAAGCGUCAAGCGCCUUCGAGUACUGCACAACCGCCACCUCCAGGCGACAGCAACACAGCGACGCCACCACCGCCCAGCGGUGGGGGUCAACAGGGAAACGGAAACGGACAGAAUGCACCGUUGAGCGUAUUUACUUUCGUCAUCGGUCAGUAUCUUACUUCCUUUGUCUGUCAGAGUGCCGCCUGGAUGCUUUUCAUCGGUCGCAUUGCCAACCUGUCGCUCUACUCCGCCGGGCUUCGAAGGCUUCAACGUCCGCGGAGCUUGGCUGGAGCGAGAGCGAUAGGCGACGAGGGGCACUUGUUGAUCAGAAGGCAGUCCAACGGUCAAGGAUCAAGUACUAACUUCUUUUCCACCUCUCUUCCUGCUCCCUUCAUCGCUUUUGGGGUUUCAGCUAUCGCUCUCUUCGUCCUCGUCGUCUCAUUCGUUCUAUUACGGAUCUUCGUUCGGAAUCGGCGGCUUCGUCGGAUGGGAAUUUAUCCAGACGGUCCCAUCGAUCGGCUUCUAGGCGGUAACAUUCGCGAGUUCGAGGACACGCUUCCCCAGCCAAAGCUCUGGCACGCCAAUAUUGCCGACGUACGGGCCGGCAUCGCAGGUGCAUCGUCAAGGGCGGAAAAGAGCGCCCUCGGAGGUGGUGUCGGUGCAGGCGACGUCAAGCAGCAUGGUUGGGAUGCUCUGAUGCCUGUCUCGGCGGCAUUUCCACCGAAUCUCUACCCAGUCAUUUAUGCCAACGACGGCAAACAGAUCGCUGCUGCGACGGCCAAUGCAGACUCGAAUCAGCUGCGACCUGAGGCUGGAGACCAUCGACGACCUCGACUGACUCGCCAUAUGCCCCACUUCCUUCGACGGAACACUGAUGGUGCACCUGGUGAUGUUGAGACGGCAGCUUCUCAGACGGGCCCCGAGGACGCAAUGCCGGCAGCCGCUCCCGCCGAAGGUGCAGGAGCGGUGCAGGCAAAUGACGCAGCUGCGAACGACGAGCGUCUGGCAGCUAGCGUCAACGUGACAGUACUCAUUGCCAUGCCAUCGACGCGCACGGUCUUCCCUUCGUCGCGUCGAAUUGUGGCCAACGCUUCUGCCACGGCCUCAUUGUCCAGUCCUCGGUCGAACGGCAAUUUCCGUGCCGGGACGGGCAGUCAGCUCGGCCAGUCACGGCUCGACGAGGUACAGGAGGACGCAGGAGAUGCAGGGUAUGAGAAGGGCAAAGCGAGACGAGCGCCAAGUCUAAAGAGUAUGAGAAGCACGACAAGCGUAAAAAGCCUUGCCGAAGCGAGGAGGGAAGCCUUCUUUGCACAGCUGAACGACGAGGAAGGGCAGAAGCAGAAUGGCAAAGAGGAGGCGAACGACACAUCGGCCGCCGCGCCAGCCGAGACUGGAGAAGACGCAGAGGAGGAGGAGCUUCCAGAGCUCGUUUUUGGCACGGCCAGCGUGCCCCUCUUUGCUCGUUUCGGCAGUGAUGACUCCAGGGUGACUGGAGUGGGGUUGCACGCCACCGAGCUUGCAACGCCUGCCGUGAGCGAUAUCCUGGAUCUCAUCAGCUGGUCCAAGGAAGUCCGGCAGAGAAAGCUUGCUGCCGACGAGGCAUGCAAAAAGGCCGAUGAUGCUGUUGAAGACACCGCGACAAUCGACAAUGGUCCAAAUGCGAGAUCGAGAGUGAGCAAUGCGGAGACGUCCAUCGAUGGACCCUCUGCUGCUGUCCUUUCGGGAAGCGCCUUCUACGGAGAUUCGAGGGCGCCGUUGGGCGAUGUGGUCCAGCGAAUGUUGUCGACAAAUUCGUACGAGAUGAAUGACCUGAGCCGGCCCAGCAUGAACGGAGGUCCCUCGAGAUCCUUUCUCUCAGACAAUUCGGCCAACGCGAACAGUGUGGCGACGCCAAACACUAUUGCGCCGCUCGUCGAAGGUAGGGAAGCCAGCGGGGCAGCGACACCAGUUCAACGUCCACGAGACCUCCCACCUAUCGAUACUUCGACACUAGCUGCUGAAAGGCACAGUCCCAUCCCUCCGUCACCCUCAGCCGCAUGCACUGAGUACCAUGGAUGAUUCGAGGAGGCAUAGCACCAGCACCUGGCACACUGGCCAUGACGACGAGGAUGUGGACUUUCAUGAGACGCAAAGCCAAGUGGCUGGACGAUGAGC